AUGGGCGGCCUGCGGUACUUCCUCAUUCACCCUCAUGUUCCUCCAAUCCAUCCUCUCUCACGCUACUUUCCCUCCCCUCUUAGCUGUUGCUGGCUGUCAGGGUCAUAGGUGUCCACUAGUUGUAAUUCCCACAGGCUUCUUCGCCUUAGGCUAGUGGUCCCGCGAGGCCAACACCCAUCCUCAUACUUGGAGGUACUACGCCCCUCGGGCCAAAUCAUAGUUAGUCGCCUCGCACUGUGGCAUAGAGAGGGCCUCACCUGUCACUCCCAUUCUAUCUUAUGCUUAACUGUCACCGAGAGGCCAACACCCCGCCACAACGUUCAGUGGCCUCGUUCUCCCCUCGCGCCAACUCAUAGAUAGUGCCUCUCACGCCGCUUGGCAUCUAGCAGGGCCUCACCUGUCACCAAACCUAGUUUUUAAUUGUUUCGCCUUUUGGCAUUAGCUAGUAUGCCAGCUCGCACACUUACACUCUUUUACGCUCGUGCGCAUGUUGGGUCACUUAUGCGGGGUCUUCUUUGUCUUUUUCUAGCAGGUCUGGUUUCUCAUCACCCUGUGGAGUUUUGGAUAUGCCUACCUUUUUUUUUUUUUUCAGGUCUUGGGCGCUUCCUCGAUUCACUGCGGCUCUCGCGAGUCAGCUUUCCCCCCAUGGCAGCCUUCCAGUCAGAUGUUCCCUCAGUGUCUGUCCACCCUCACGGGUCUCGCCGCUAUGGGGCGGUGUCGGGUGGCAGUCUUGGUAACUGGCAUCUGCCGCUUUGGUUGGUCCCGAACCGGUCUUCCAGCACCUCUUUCGUAUGUUCAGUCCUGUGCCUCCUUUACGCUUUCUCAUGUGGCCCUGCCUAUGGCCUCUCCCGCAGCCGCUUCCAUGCCCGGCUUUUCUGGGCUUGUUCAUGGGCUGCCAGCUUUGUAAGCUCGUGGUUGCCUUCUCUCAUUUUUCUAGCACUCACAGUGUCUGUGUUUUCGGACCUUCUUCCCCUUUGAGGCUCCUGUCUCACUUUUCACGUGUACUGUCUCUGUUGAUAUGUUGUCCGUGAUUGAUUUGUGCUUCUUUUUGCCAUAUCUUACUUGCAUCAACUCUACCAUACGGUCUAUAACUUCACAUGUCGUACAGGUUUCUAAUCACACGCUUUUCAUGUCGUCAUACCAGUUUAUUACCAUACUCAAGGGUUCAGGUUCUGGGAAUUUUCAAUCUCCAGAUUUCCCAUCUUCAUCCAAGUUUUAUAAUCACUAUCAGACCUUUUUAACACUUGUCAUCACGACCGGACAUCAUCUUUCAAUGUAGGGCGAUAUCUGCUUGAUCCAAGGAUAAAUCCGACUGCCAUUCUGGGGUCAAGAAGGAAUUUUUUUCUCUAGCUUGUUGCAAAUUGGAAAGCGCAUCAAACGGGGUUUUUCGCCUUCUUUUGGAUCAACCGUUUAAUCACAGAUGUGAGGUAGGCCAGAUUUGGGGGACGCUAGUAUUUUCAUCAAGGUUACUAGGUAGUCUAGUUGUCUAGCCGCUAUACAGCUUCUUGUGGACACACAUCUCCCACAGUCACCACGUCUUUUGCAGCAUUGUCUCAGGAAAUCUCACCUAUUUAUGCAGUCUAUUGUUUACCUUCUCUACCCCACACCCAGUUUACGCUAGAUGGCCAACAUGUUUUCCUUACUUCCCCUUGCACAAGUUAGAGGGCAAUUGAAAGCGCCGGGUACCUCAUUACACACUCAGCUGUUACCAUACAGAUAGGCUAUUUAGGUUGUUGAUUGCUUUUAAACAGGUUUCCUUUUUGCCCUCUUUUACUACAGGCCUACCACGACGUCGGUUCCGGCACACCACAACCGACUUAUACCCCUCCCCUUUCUUUUAUUUCCAUCACGGCCUUGUUUGCCCCUCACACAAAUGUGAAGGCUUGGCCUGCAGUUGUGGGAGGGGCAUGGUAAUCUACUUAAACCCCCUCCUCACCUUCCUCAGUCCCGUUUUCGUUUGACGAUUCGCAUGUCCCCACCCUCCACUCCCUUUAUUUAUACUUUUCAUUACACCUCAUGGGUGGGCCCUCUUUUACUACAGGCCUACCACGACGUCGGUUCCGGCACAACACAACCGACUUAUACCCCUCCCCUUUCUUUUAUUUCCAUUACGGCCUUAUUUGCCCCUCACACAACUGAGAAUUUCUCGCUUCAUUUUAACUAUUUUCUCUUUAGGUAAACAAAAUUCUAUUCUUUCAGAGUCAAUAAUUAUACCCAAAAUUGCAGACAAGUACUAGGCUAGACGUUUUUUCCCUUGCCAAAGGAAUGCCAAAUUGUUGAGCAACAGACAUGAAAUUUGUCAAUAACUAAAGGCAGUCAGAGGAUCCAGCUUUCCUGAUGAAAAGAAAAGUCGAAUGUAAACCUGAAACCUUUUAAGCACCUAUUCUAGAAAACAUGUAAAACUUUCAAAAUAAAAGGCAGUACAACCCAUGGGCAUAUACUUAUUAAAGUAUAAUUUACCUUCAAAUUGGAAACCCAAUGACCCAAAACAAUCCGGAUGUAUUGAGAGUAAUCUCAAUGCUGACUCAAUGUUAACUUUUGCCAUGAGAGCAUUCUUCCAACGAUGCCUCACUAUUUUAAUGCAUCCUCGGAGGAAAAGUAUGACACUGAAAUAUGGAAGUAUCAACCUCAUCAUUCAAACAAUCACAUUUGGGUAAGAUAGGUGGUGAAUUAGACAGUCAAAAUUUGUAAAUCAGUACUAAAGAUACCCAGACCAACAUUCGAAAGAUGAACACAUCACUAUAAAACAACUAUAACUUUACUCACUUUUAAUACAACAUAACUUGUAACCAAACAUCUCUGAUCUUUAAACCCCCAGAGAUUUUAACACAUGACUUACCAUAGUUCUGUCCUCUACAUAGCUAGAAUUUAAACAUAUCAAUAGCCUAUAACCAAACAUCUCCGGUCUGUAAACCCCCAGAGAACACUAAACACUAGCAAAAUUAAAAAAGGCCUGUAGCCACUUAUUAAAAGACUGAGUCACUAUGCGUUUCCUGUCAUCCUCUUUUUCUUGCUUUAAAAAGAAAUCCUUAGACGCUGGUAACAAAGAAAGAAUAUCUCAAUAUUCUUUAUUCCAUAUCUUUUCUUUGAUUAAACUUGCUAAAUGAAAACCAAGUGGAGAAACCUGAAGUAACACUCCCAGUGCCUCUCCUAGCUUAGCCUGCUGAGAAACCCCAGGAAAGGACUUAGCAGCCAAAUUAUCUGCUCCUUAUGACGGCACGGCAAAAUAGGUACCUGCUUGCUCACGGUCUUCAAUAACCGGCACUUGCCCAGUUGCAGAAGUCUCAGGAUUUUGUCUUCCUUUUCCCUGCAAUUCUCUUCUUUUUGCUUCCUCUGAUAGGUGAAGGGGAAUAACUCACUCUUGAUUUAGAAGCUCACUUCUUUCCUUCUUGAAGCGAACUUCUAUCACUCAAGCUUAUGGACAUUUUUGGCUGCUCCUCAGAGUCUUCCCCCUUUUGUAGCCUCCUCCUCCUCAGGUUCCAAAAAGUCCAUUAAUGUUAAUUCCUGUGGGUGUGAAUCAAUUUGGGAGGAAGGAGCAGUCAAAAGGCACUGCAUUAAACCAUUCAGUACCACCACUGCUGGACGCCCUCCUUUUCAUUUCCUCAAGUAAGUGCACUAUAGCUGCACUUUUGUAAAUAGAACCAAAUCUAAAACAAACAGCUGACAGGAAAAGGGAGGGAACAGGGGACAGCUCUAAUCCAAAUCUUCCACAGCUAUUUUGGCAUACAGUUUUUCAACUAUUUUGGUGCUAGCUGUUACCUAAGUGCACCUUAUAUAUUGCAGUUUUCCCGCUUUACAGUGCCCUCGCGAACAAUCGCUCCAAUCAGAGCGCUGUCUGCACAGACCUCUGCACUAUAUGUCCACAAGGGCAUCGCACAAACCAUUGCCGAUGCCCUCGCAACCUGCCAGCAGUUCGCGUGCAUUAACCCUCCCACUGUUAACCCUGUAGCGCACAUGUGUACACAGUCAAUUGACCGUGUAUUGUCUAUUUUAACAUGCAUGUCCUUUAUUUUACAAACUUGUCUGAGCAGGGCACUCACUGCCCCUUGCUCAGGUAGAUAAUACAUGUCUUGUUGAGUGCUCUUGCAGUUUCAGAUUUCUCAUUCAUUGUACAACUUUGUGCAAUACACUGGAUAUACAGAAACGUGGGUGAACUAAAUUGCAACAGUGCGCAUAAUAAUCCAUAAUUAGCUCUGGAUCGAUAUUAUGCAGCCACCAGUAAAGCCAGAAUAGUUUUGAAAACUGAAACUUGUAUCUUGUUGCACUUUGUAGAAUUCUAGGAACUAUUGUGUUCAAAGAUGUGUCAUAAAAUAAAGUUAAUUUUUAAAUCUUUACACUGCAGAAAGUGGGGAUGGGGGUACCAAACAACAUAAGAGACACGUGCCUCACUAUUCACUACUUACUAUGCUAAUACUAGGAAAGAGGAACUGUAUUUCUCGUGCUCCGUUUCCGCCCGGACUCGUUUCAUAGUUGCAGUGAGGUGAGUGAGAUUGACCUGUGAGUGGCAUUUAGAGGCAGCGGUGUCUAUAACGGGUUAAUAUUUGGUUAUAUUCGUUCAGAGUGUCUGUCAUCUUAAAUAAAUUAUCAUAAAAUCAUGUUAUAAGGGAUAAUUCUUUCACAGAAUGUUUGUCGUUCUCACACAGAAUCCGAACAUGGAAUCUUUCAUUUCAGCUUGGUUACGUUGAUCGUGUUUGUAAUGUAAUAAUAAUUCUUUAUGAGCAGGCUGCAAUGCGACAUCUCGGUUAUGCUCUGCCAGGCUUACCAACAUUCCAGCACGAGAUUUAUUUCAUACACUGGCAGCAUGCUAUGUGUGUGUCCUGAGAGGGGUCAAGUGUGAAGUUACCUUUGCUUCGUUUUACAACACUGACAGGUUUUGCGUCACUAAACUGAAUAGUGUGAUAUGUAAAGGGAAAUUGCACAUUUUAGCUGAGCUAUGCAAAAACGGUGAGAGAAUGUUCCCAGUUUGGCUAUUUAGGCAUAAAAUUAACAAUUUAUUUGUCAACUCUUACAAUUCCCAACUGACGGUCACGUGAACCCAGUUAUUGGCCAGACAAUAAUUAAAUUAUUACUAUUUAUUUAUACAUAUUAUUUUUUUGUUUUUGUCUGCAGGCCCAUCCCCGAUCUCCAUUAUUCCAUUUUUAUUUUUCACUUACAUAGUUAAGAGAACUGUCCUCAUUCCAGCUAGGGCAAGCACAGCUUCCUUAAUAUUUUUGCAAAUGUAUUUGAAGUUAUGUUGCCCAUUUAUAAGUGCCACUGCAUUACCACUUGGUAAUUAUUUAAACUUCCCUGAUAGCUGGAGGAAUUGUGUGCACUCCGCCGCAUACACUCCUCUCUCCCCUCUAUCCGCUCAACACCCAAAACAUUGUAUCAUCUCUAGGAGCACAUUGGCCCAACAGGAGCAACAUGGGAAAGGUGACCGUACAGGGGAAAUGCAUUCCAUCCCCGGCCACAAAUGAAUGGGAAUGGUAAGAGUAGAGAUGAACGUGGAUAAGCAUUGUCAUAAAGACAUAGAACUGAAAUGUUAUGGGUCCUAACAUUGUCUGUGAGCAUUACAAACAAGUGUAUGGGAGUACAAAACCCAUUAUUGCUGUAUAUUCACUAUAUGUUUGUCACGGAGUUCACUUACAGGCUUUUUGUCUUAUUGUAAGAAUUGUCAGGAACUAAAAAUUUAAAGGGACAAUAUAGUCACCAGAUCAACCACAGAUUAAUGUAGUUGUUAUGGGGUCUAUAGCUUUUCCAUGCAGACUUUUUAAUGUAAACACUGCCUUUUUUAAUGCCUAGUUACACCUCUAGUGGCAAUCGCUGAGACCGCCAAUAUAUAGUGCUUUCUGGUGGUGAUCAGUGUCUACGCUCUGCAUGGAGAUGCUGAAUGCUUCCCACAGAGAUGCAUUGAUUUAAUGCAUCUCUAUGAGAAGAUGCUGAUUGGCACAGCUCAGCGUUUUGCCAUGAAUGCGCAAUGCCCUUCCAUUGCUUUCCUGUGGGAAAGUAUUGCAUUGGCUGAGCUUAUCAAAUUUGAUGAUCUCCGCCACAGGGCGAGACCAGAGCGAAGCUGGAAAAAAGGUGAGUUUAAACAUCUUUUUAAAGCAAAGAGGGGGGGGGGCUUGGUACCUAAACUUUCAUUUUACCACUGUAGGGUCAGGAAUACGUUUGUGUUUCUGACACUAUAAUGUUUCAUUAAAGCCAAAAUAUCAGAACUGAAAGCAUAGGUAACUCGGACAAUAUUUCCUAUUCAGCUGUUUUGGCAAUAAAACUGAAAUUUACUUUGAAUUCCCAAAUUUUCUCACUAUAAUAAAUGAUGAUCUAUUUUGCAAUAUUGUAAGUGAAUUUCUCUCACAAUGUGAAGAUUUUAAUAUGGAAUAAUUUUCUACCGUUUGCUGUCAGCUACUCUAUCACAGUUAUUUACUAAGCUGAGAAUUUAAGUGAAUUUCAAAAUUAAGGCCAUAGUUGCCGAACUGAAAGCAUAACUGGUGUAUAGAAUUUCUCCAGUUUGGCUAUUUUGGCCUAACAUUUGAAAUUCACUUUGAAUUCUCACUUUAGUGAAUAACGCUGUCUGUCUCGGAUGGCGUUCUGACUCUUCGCUACUCUGCUGUCGGAGUGACUUUCUGUCUCUCAGCAAAUAGCCAUAGGGUAAGAGCCAGGCUUGCCUGCUUUUAUCAACAGUGCUACCUGAGUACCAGGGAACCUUUUUACAGUCAAUAUGUUUUCUGGAUGGAUUUCUUAUUAUCUGCUCUGCUGUCUGCAGUAAGUUUAGUCGGUCAAUACAGCUAAGCUGGAGUUUGCAGUCCCUGUAGAAUUACAUUCUACCUUGCCAAGCAAGGCUGCAAUAUGCAUCCUUUAUUCCAUUUUCAAUAAUCUAAUUGUAUUUGGUUUUAUUUCUUAUAUCCUUAUCUUAUAUCCUUAUCUUAUCUCUUCAGCAUCCCAUUUUAUUCUCAAAUUAUAAGUUGUGUGUGUGCAUUCAACCUUGUAUUUACUGUUCAUUUCUGGUUGAAAGAUUGUAGCCAUAGAGCAUCAUUGCUGCCGAUAAGGGGGUACAACUGGUAUUCCAUUAAGAGGCUGGCAUUGCUAUGGAGUCUGAUUGGCAUCCUGUAACUCUAUGUGGUCAGGUUGGGGAAAAAUAUCUCAGAUUUAAAGAUUCGCAGGAAAGCAGAUCAAACCAUUGCAUUGAAUGCUAAAAAUAUAUGUGUAGCUCCUACCUCUGCUGGAACUGGACAUUCAUGGAAUCAGAAAGGAGGCUCCUACUCCACAGUAGCAAUACAAAUAUAUAAGUAUAUAAUAUCUCCCUUAAUUUGACAUUAUUGCAGGAAGGCAGUGGAUGGACCUCUCUACAGUUUGCUAUGGCCAACAUUCUCCUUCUUGAGCACAAAGAUUAAUUUUUAAUCCAAAACAUUGCCUGGUACCCACAGGGGCGAGUUUCUGUGCGUGCCUCCCAACAGUCCCAGGUUCAGUAGGACAGUCCUGGUUUUGGGUUCUACUCUCGCUAUCUUGGGAACUGCCCCGAGCAAGUUCAAGCCAAGCACAUCAUAAGGUUUGCUCGUAGGGUAUUCAGCCCAUGCUCCGAGCUCUUUAGAAGAGCUGUGUGCAUUUGCAACCCUUAGUAGAACUGGUCAGAGUAUCUUCUAGUCAGUCUGGCUUGCCCCUCACUUUGAUUAUCACUGCUUCAUUUGGCUGAUACAAAAUAGAUUUAAGACAAAUUGUGAGACACAUUCGGCAUAUAUUAUUUUGUACUUAUCAUUUGUGAAUGGCAGGGGCUGAUAGGUUUGUAGUGUUGCUUAUAUGUGAUGGGGCGUAUAUACAUUUUUAAUUAAUAAAGUCUGUGGUGACAUCAAUGUGGAGUCUGCAUAAACAUACACCUCUAUGUAUGUGUCCAUUACUUAAAGAUGGGUAACCGCUAUUAUAGACUUUCUUGGAGCACAUUUAAUGUAACCACACAUUUUUAAUUAUCACAAUUUCCUUAAUUAUAUUGUAUUUUUAUUAUGUUUGAUUUCUUAAUUUGCAGAGAUGGCAGCUUUAAUUUGGAGGUGCUCAUUUACCAGAGCAAAAGCUAGAUGGCUCCACCAAAGGUGCUUAUCCCUUUAUAACAGCAGCCAUGGUUUUGAUGAGACAAAAAUUAAGGAGAAACUUGCACAAUUAUCAGGGGGCUCUAUAGACCUCCGUAAAGGUGAAAAUGGUAUUGCAGAACUCUGUAUAAAUAAUCCAAGUCGAAUGAAUGCGUUCACAGGUAUGCUUUUUUUUUUUUUUUUGUCAAUAUGAAUAUGUAUGUCUAGUUUUCAAGUAUUUUAAAAUUAUAUACAUAAAAACAUUUCACCAAACAAAGCUGGUGAGAGAACACGGUGUGGGGAUAUAUAAUUAGUGACUCUGAGAUUACCUUUUUUCAUUUAUAGAUCUCUGAACAAAUAAAUCAGAAUUCAGGGGUUGCAGAACCAAGCACCUAGCUGUAGUUUGUUAGUAAGUGCAUACAAUUGAUCUGGUCCAGAGUGACAUUUUGAUAUGGCCAUAUUCUGUAAUAAGUAGGUCCGGUGUCAUUUUGACCAAAAUCCAUAUAAUGAAUUAAAAGUGAGAAUUUUCAUUUCUCUGCAUUAAACAAAAUAUGCCAUGAUUAAUAUUGUUAAAUAUGUAUAUAUAUUUUUUUCAAUAAACUAUAUAAGCUGAGCUUUAAAGGGAUUCUAUAGUGUAAGGAAUACAAAUUUAUAUUCCUUACACUAUAGAGCCCUCCAGUACCCACUCCAUCUCUCCUCUGGCUCAUAGUUGUGUCUCCGCGCUGGGCCGGCACUCCACCUCCUCCGGCGUUAUCUGAAGAAGGGCUAAAGUGUAUGCGCUGCAAGUGCUGCGAACAUAUGAGGCCCUCCCCAUAAGAAAGCAUUGUUACAAGGGAUUUUACUGACACAGAAGGUCCUCCUGCAGAGCGUGAGAGCACCCAGCGUCAGGUGACCAAAAGUUGGUUACCCACCAGGAAGUGCCGCUAUUGGCUUCCUGACUGACAGCCACUAGAGGCAGUCUUAGUCCUGCAAUGUAAUUAUUAGACAUUCUCUAAAACUGUAAUGAUUUACAUUGCAGGACUAAGUAGGACACCUGAAGUGGUCUAGGUUCCUGUAGUGAUCCUUUAAAUUCAUCUGUUCGUGUUAGAAGCCAUGGAUCUGCUACCUCUGAAAAAAUGACUGAUUUUCUCAAUCCAAAUAAAGACUUGUUAUGGUUCCUUGUUAUGGUGAAGCCUAUAUGAUGAAGUAAGUAACAUGAUAUAAAACUUUAUACAUAACAUGAACAAAACAUUAUGUAACAUAAUUACUUUAACUACCGUGUGGUUCACGGUCUCCUCAGGGUAGUUUUUUUAUCCCAAACUUAAUUUUUUGUUUUAAUUACCGCUUGCUGAUUGAAAUCAUCCGUGAGAGAACAGUUCCUCCUAAGACUUAGAAACUGGCUCUUUGGAAUACUGUUGAGCCAGGAGCCAUAGUAGCAACUUGAUUGAAUAAUAACGGUAUUGGUGUGGACCUUCUUAAAAUAAAGGUAAAAAAAAUGUAUCUGUUUUUGACUAUAUUCGGAGGUUAGCAUAAUGCCUCUUUUAAGUUAAAAAGGUCUAAAAAAACACUUCAAAGAAUUUUCAGAACCAUUCCAAAUAAAAAAUAAAUCAUCGAUAUAAGGGAAACAAGAAACCAGGUUUGACUCAAGUGCGGAGGAAGGACAACACUGGUUUCAUAACUUUUGUGAAAAACCAAAGAGUUGAUGAUAGAACGAAUGGUAGACCUGUAAAUCUCCAUUCCUAUCCUUGCCAAAGGAAUUGUAGGAAGUCUCAGUGAUCCUCUGCAACGGAAACCAUCAGAUAUGCGUCCCAAAUCCAAUCUGCUUGGAUUUGGGAGAUUGGCAGAUUUCUGAGACAACAAUACCCUCCAUUUUGAAAUGUUGAUACUGGACAAAGGCAUUCAAAAGUAUUUGAUAACAGGAUGGACCCUGAUGCCCUUCUUUGGGAACAGGAAAAGGUUGCUUACAAGUUCCGGCAUCUACCAAGGGACUUGUAUGGCAUUUUUUGACACUCAUUCAAGAAUUUCAUUGGAAAUACUGAUGAUUGGAGGACUUCAUCAGGUCCCACUGAGGAUAUACAUGUACAGGAAUAGAGAUUAGUUCCAAACGAUACCCCUAAACAGUUUGUAAAAACACAGACAUCAGAAGUUAUCAUCCCAAACAUAAGAAAACCGGGCUAGUCUGUCUCCUAUUCCUAUAUGGGAAGAACAUGGAAUUAGCAUAUUCACCAUAAAAUCAUCUCCCGGGUACAGCUCUGCAUGAUCCACGUGAGACCCAAGUUCAUUCAUAAAUUCGAGGCAGGUCUUUGUGCGUGGAAGGAGCCUCAGUUCGCUCGAUAUGAGCAACGGACACCACCGCUGGAUAGACCGCGUAUAGCUCUUCUGGUAGCUCCAGAAACCUUGGAUGAAAACACCUGUCUCAUGGAACUUUGUACCUACUCUAAAGCAGUGAAAAUUUUGUAAGUACCCAGAUCCUUCACAAAGAACUUAACAACAAGCCUUUAGUGGCCGCACCCAGCUCAUUGACUGCCAUGUUAAUCAGCUUUAAUUCUAUCUUCAACAGUACUGUCUUACGGCAUUCUGAAGACAUGGCUGUGUUGGCAGUACCCAAAAAGCAGACCAACCGUUGGACCCAUCCUUUUGCCACUUCAAAAUCAUAUGGAAUGUCACCAAACUGAGUGGAUUCAAGAAGCACAUAUCAUUUUGUUGCUGUUGCCAAUGUUUAAAAGCUUAUCCUGAAAAUUUUCAAUUAAAAUUUAAAAAAGUCUGAAAAACCUUUUUUGGACUUCUAACCCGUUUCUAGCUAGCUGUAACCAGAGGACAAAUCACCAGUCAAAGGGAAGGAAGGCCCAGAAGGUCCCUCACCCUGAGAUAAUUAGUACCAGACAAAGAUAAUACUACAGACAGGCAAAAAAAGCAAGCCUAGCAAAGGGUAGCAGUAUAGUUGAAACCUGUAGUAAAAACAGGGCAGACAAGUCCUUGGCCAAAAUCCAACCUAAAGUCAGAAUAAUUUUAGGAAAAAUGAGUGUACAGGAUUAUGUAAUCCAGAAACACUAGAAUCACUCACUAAAAUCACUGUUGAAAAAAGUGCAAGUGCCAUCAGCCGCCGAAUCAGCUGAUUCGGGGAGGAAAGGGGAAGGUAUACUGCAGUUUUUUUGUGUGUGUGUGUGUGUGUAUAUAUAUAUUCAUAACUAUUUGCCCGUCUGUUCUUAAUUUGCGGGGGUAGGAGUGGGGGGUGGCAAAACCAAAUUUGUGGUGGUUCAGAGGGCUGCCUAUCCACGGGUACAGGGGAGCGCCACACACACACACACACACACGAAGAUAGUAGGCAGAACAGAUACAAAUGAGUGAACACUGUAUCUGUACUUAACUGGUCUGAGGGAGCAGCAAAGAAAGAGAAGUUGGUUGAAGACUCACAGUUUAUGGAACAUACUCUGUUGUGAUUGGUUACAGUGUUUCUAUGCAGUUUUUGUUUAUGCACUAUAGUUACCAAAACAACUUUAGCUUAAUGAAGCAGUUUUAAUAUAUCGAUCAUGAUCCUGCAGUCUCACUGCUCAAUUCUCUGUGAUUUAGGAAUUAAUUCCCUUUUGUUUGUCCAUGCAGCCAUAGCCACACCUGCCCUGGCUGUGACUCACACACCAUGCAUGAAAAAAAUGGUUUCACUUUCAUUCAGAUAUAACUUACUUUAAAAGUUCUUAUUGCCUGCUCUCUAAAGUGAACUUUAAUCAUACACAGGAGGCUUCUGUGGGGUCUAGGUUAUCAUAGGAAGAACAGCAUCAGCAGUAAAUAAAGUAAUCCACGAAUAUCCCAUCACCUUUCCCAAUAACUGGACGACACGCAGUAUCAGGAGCAGAACUCAAUUUUAAUGCCACUCAGCUUUUAUGCAAUUCUCCCAUGUAAGGGAGACACCCACAGAAAAUCCGGCAUUCCCUAGCUGGGUACAGCCCACACAUCCAAUCCCUAGCUGGGUACAGCCCACACAUUUCCUCCCCUUAGCCUGGGAGAUAACUAAUUAACUGUACAUUUGAAACAUAAAUUUUUAGCCAAUUCCUGGAUGUACCCCAAAACUAUAACUUACACCCAUAAAUUACAUAUCCCCUGAAAGCCCUGAUCUGGGUGAGCAACAUACUCAAAAAUCACCCAGAUCGGUUCAGGGGUUCGUGACUUUCUUGGAGGUCGUUUUACCGACCGCACACGUGGUGUUAGCCGAAAAUAGUUCCAUGUGUUUUGGCCUUGCGGUCGGUCUCCGUUCGUGAGAUAAAACUCCUGAAAUCAUUCAAUAUAAUGGGCUCGGCCUGGGUUCGGAUGAUUCCCCUUGUUCACUGAAUGCCAUGCCAUUCGUAUUUUUUCCUACGAACGGGUUGAAGUAUGGUGGUCUCUGCGGUGUUCGCGUGGUCGAGUGUCCGAUUUGGGUUCCAGACACUCUGCGACCAAACACCGCUGGUGCGUUUGUAUGGCAAGAUGGCCACCGCCACGUGUUCGUAUGCCAAACGGCGUCCACCCAGGGAAUAGAUAGUGUGUUUGGGUAAUUGUCAAUUGAGGUAAAGUGAAUAACGAUGGGGAAGGUCAAUUAGUGCCACGCUCCUCUCCAGGGUGGCCUGGUUGUUCAGUUGUUUGUCGAAUGGCACAACUUCCGAUGGUUCAAAGUAAAUUCUUACCGAACAACCAGACGAAUGACACAGCAGACAGAGGGUACCUGGUUCUUUUCCCAGUGUAGUGACCCGUGGAGGAUGGAAUAAAAUACUUUAACAAUUACGGGUAGGGACAGCUAACAAUAAAAUACGGAGUAGUAACACACAGUUCGCUACAGACAUAUAAACAUUAGCUGACUCUUUACAGGAAAUGUUUAGGAAGGCUGUGCAAGUCACAUGCAGAGAGGUGUGACUAAGGUGCAUAAACAAAGUGAUUUAACUCCUAAAUGGAAGAGAAUUGAGCAGUGACACUGCAGGGAAAUGAUGUAUGCACCAAAACUGCUUCAAUAAGCUAAAGUUGUUUUGGUUACUAUAGUGUCCCUUUAAAUUUCAUAUAGUUUUCUCUCAUAUUUCUUUGCUGCUGAUGGAAAUAAAGAAAGUGAAAAGCAUAAUAGGAGCCACUGUGUCAAUAAAAUCUUAAUAUAAUAAAGAGCAACCUACAUAAAGCAAAUAUUUAUUUGUUACAACAUAUUUACAUAAGCUCUACUGUAGCCUUAAUAACAUUAGGGCCAACAGAUUACAAUAAAAAUGUAUGUUCCAAAUUAACAAAAAAAAAAACAUAUAAUUUAUUUUUCUUUUCUUAAGAAUGUGACAUUGAGUUCCUCUUCCAUUUCUGCAAUCCACUGCUUUGUCUUGAUUACAGAUGUGUUAUUGUAUCGCAGGAACAAUGAUGAUACAGUUAGAAGAACGAAUAAGUGAACUGGAAAGUUGGCAGGAUGGGAAAGGACUCAUUGUGUAUGGCGCAGGGAAUAACUUCUGUACUGGUUCUGAUUUGAAUGCUGUCAAAGCAAUUUCCAGCCCAAAGGCAAGUGAGAUAAACUGGAAUCUCAUCGCUAUACCACCUAAUGCACCAAUUAUUUUCAACUGAAAAACAUAUGUAAAAAAAUCAUUAGAAGCAUAGAAACAUAAAGGUGAAAAAGUGUUUACCUACUACCCGAAUUUUCAGUAUGCUGCAAUGUUUACAUUAUUUAGGGGUUGAAGACCUCCUUACACUUAAUAAAAAAAAAAAGAUUUGUCGCGAUUCAUCUCUUCUAAUAUGCAACUUGCAAGCUAAAUUAAGAUCUACAUUUUAGUAUGUAGAUCUUGUUGGAAAUUGUAUGGGGAAGGCCUCCAGCAUGCGAGCACUGGACAGUAUGAAAUCGUCUGAUUUUUAGAUGUGAAUUCACUAUAACAAGAGGAUUGAUGCCCUCACAUAUUGGGCCAACGAAUAAUUAACAAGUACAUUUUGCUUUCCAUAAUAUUGUCUGGAGCAGGAUAUGGUGAUCACUGUAGUGUAGUAACUAUUCAAGUAAAUUAAAGCAUUGUGAAGUGUUCAAUAUGUGAAGUGUUCUCAUUCCUAAUCUAUACAAGUUAUUGAAGUGUUUAACUUUAACUUUGUAUGGUAUUUGUACACAUUGCAUUUGCACAAUUUUCCUUUAAAAAAUAAAUAAAUUAAAAAAAAAUAAUAGUAAAAUCUAUAUUUCUACUUUACACUACCUGAAAAUUAUCCACGCUGGCUAGUAAGGUAUUUCAAUGUCUGCAUGUACACCUCUUUAGAUAUCGUACAUAUAGUUGAAUUAUUUUUUGAUUAGCUCUGUUUGUUUUGUUAUCAGGAAGGGAUCAUGAUGUGCAUGUUAAUGCAGAACACGCUGACAAGAAUGCAGAGGUACGACUGUUCACUAUUCUUUAUUACACCAAAUAAGCAAAUAGUUUGUUUUCUAGAAUCUGAGGAAAUGUGCAAUGUUGGCCUUUAAAGCGGAUUUGUCACUUUCAGUAUUUCAUAAAGAUAUAUUCUUUAAGAAAUACUGAUCAAGACUAUGUUGGAGUUUCAUUUAAAUUUAAAAGCAAUCCAAGUAUACCAUAAGAAAAAGAAAGGGACUAUAUUAUCUGGUUGACAAAAGACAAUGAUGUGCCAUAAACAUUUGUCCAAUCCCUGCAGCUGUCACAAAUGACGGCUGUUGUAUUUAGGCUUUAUCUGUAGAGGAUCCCGCAGGAUUCAGAAUGCUCACGCAUGUUUGAGAGUACAACACUUUCCCUGAAAAGACAAUGUUUACAUUAAAAAGCAUGCAGGGACAGGCUAUAGACACCAGAACAACUACAUUAAACUAAUUAUUACCUCCACCCUCCUUACUAUUAUUAGGUGGGGUAGGCAAGUUAAUUUAUUUUUAAUAAGGGACCCCUAGCCACUUAGGGGGUCAUGCCACAAUGUGGGGGUGGACAAUGUCCCCCUAACAUUUUGUUUUAUUAUUUAGAGCCCCCCACCCGCUGCCCAUUGGUGGGGAAUAUUAUAAUUAGGGACCCUACCUUCUGCUAAUGGAUGGGACUGUUAAUGAUAUUAAGUCCUUCCCCUGAUUAUUACCACCAAUGGGUGAGGCCGGGGAAACACUAGGUUACCCCUACCACUUAUAUCAUAGUAGCCUCCAACAGCUAGUCACAAAUAUAUAUAUUUUUAUGUAUGUAUGUAUAUAUGUGCGUGUGUGUAUGUAUAUAUGUAUGUGUGUGUGUGUAUGUAUAUGUAUGUAUGUAUGUGUGUAUAUAUAUAUAUAUAUAUAUAUAUAUAUAUAUAUAUAUAUAUGUGUGUGUGUGUAUGUAUAUAUAUGUAUAUAUAUGCAUAUAUAUAUAUAUAUAUAUAUAUAUAUAUAUAUAUAUAUAUAUAUAUAUAUAUAUAUAUAUAUAUAUAUAUAUAUAUAUAAAUAAAUAGGUUAUGGUGGGGAAAAAUUGUGAUUGAAAACCCCUUCCACCUGAAGUUUGUGGAUAGUUAAUACAAUGUUAAACAAAAAUCUGCACACAAGUCAAGCCAUACGACUUGCUUUUCCCACAGAAAUCCCAAAUCUGCAGUGAUGUUACAACUGCAAAGGAUUCUGGGUGGGCAUAUGCAAACUGCUUGGAACACAAUUUUUUCCCCACCAUAACCUAUUUGGAUUUUGCUUCCCAAGCACUACCAAGCCUCAAUAAGCAAACCAGUAACCAACCUCAUGCUGAAGAGUUGCAUUAACAACGAAACAGCUGUCCAUGAGUGGUUCACUGGUUUUGCAUCUUUUCCUAAAUUGUGUUUCAAGCAGUUGUAUACUGCAAACACAGAUUAAAAGGAAUCCAUGUUUAAAAUGGAAUGAGGCAAAAAUGUGAUUCUUUGUUAAACUAAUUUGCAUAUGCCCACCCAGAAUCCUUUGCAGUUGUAACAUCACUGCAGAUUUGGGAUUUCUGUGGGAAAAGCAAGUCGUAUGGCUUGACUGGUGUGCAGAUUUUUGUUUAACAUUGUAUUAACUAUAUAUUCUAUGUUUCUAUAUAUGCAUAAUACAUAUAUAGAAACAUAGAAUGUGAUGGCAGAUAAGAACCAUUCGGCCCAUCUAGUCUGCCCAAUUUCCUAAAUACUUUUAUUAGUCCCUUAUCUUAUAGUUAGGAUAGCCUUAUGCCUAUCCCACGCAUGCUUAAACUCCUUUACUGUGUUAACCUCUACCACUUCAGCUGGAAGGCUAUUCCAUGCAUCCACUAUCCUCUCAGUAAAGUAAUACUUCCUGAUAUUAUUUUUAAACCUUUGAUCGCCCCUCUAAUUUAAGACUAUGCCCUCUUGUUGUGGUAGUUUUUCUUCUUUUAAAUAUGGUCUCCUCCUUUACUGUGUUGAUUCCCUUUAUGUAUUUAAAUGUUUCUAUCAUAUCCCAAUUGUCUCGUCUUUCCUCCAAGCUAUACAUGUUAAGUUCCUUUAACCUUUCCUUGUAAGUUUUAUCCCGCAAUCCAUGAACCAGUUUAGUAGCCCUUCUCUGAACUCUCCCUAAAGUAUCAAUAUCCUUCUGGAUGCACUUAUCCACAUUAAAUGUCAGUUGCCACAACUCUGACCAUUUUCUAGUUUACCUAAAUCAUUUGCCAUUUGGCUUAUCCCUCCUGGAACAUCAACCCUGUUACAUAUCUUUGUAUCAUCUGCAAAAAGAAAUACCUUACCAUAAAGACCUUCUGCAAUAUCACUAAUAAAAAUAUUCAAGAGAAUGGGUCCAAGUACAGAUCCCUAAGGUACCCCACUGGUGACAAGCCCAUGCUUUGAAUAUACUCCAUUGACUACAACCCUCUGUUGCCUGUCACUCAGCCUUACCCAUUCAAGAAUAUUAGAAUCCAAACUUAAAGAUUGCAGUUUAUUGAUAAGCCUUCUAUGUACAACAGUGUCAAAAGCCUUACUGAAAUCAAGUUAAGUCAUGUCUACUGCACCACCCUGAUCUAUUAUUUUAGUUACCCAAUCAAAAAAAUCAUUAAGAUUAGUUUGGCAUGAUCUCCCUGAAAUAAAUCCAUGUUGUCUCUGAUCUUGCAAUCCAUGUGUUUUUAGGUGUUCAACAAUUCUAUCCUUUAACAUGGUUUCCAUUACUUUCCCCACUACUGAAGUAAGGCUUACUGGCCUAUAGUUGCCCGACUCCUCCCUACUACCUUUCUUGUGAAUGGGCACAACAUUCGCUAACUUCCAAUCUUCUGGGACUACUCCUGUUAACAACGAUUGGUUAAAUAAAUCUGUUAAUGGUUUUGCUAGUAUACCACUAAGCUCUUUUAAUAACUUUAGGUGUAUUCCAUCAGGUCCCAUUGACUUAUUUGUCUUUACUUUUGACAGUUGAAAUAGAACCGCUUCCUCUGUAAACUCACAUGUAACCAGGGCCGGCCUUAGGUGUUCAGGCGCCCUGUGCGAAACAAUCUUGUGGCGCCCCCCCACCCCCACCCCCACCCCCACCUGUCUCUGUUUGGACCCCUUCAAACUAUUUCAGGAGCAUUCACAAUCUGUUGCCUCCACCCCCUUCUACAAAACCACUGCACCUCUUAACCAAAAUCCCUGGCCAGAUCUUCACCAAGCCCCUGGCCACCACUUCAUCAAACUCCUGGCCACCCCUUCCCCUUCAUCAAUGCCCUGGCCAUCCCUUCGUCAAACUCCUAGCCACCCCUUACCCUUCAUCAAUCCCCUCCCACCCCUUUAUCAAUUCCUGCCACCCCUUCAUCAGUCCCCUGCCCCUCUCAUCAAUUCCCUCCCACCCUUUACUCAGCCCUCUGCCCCUAUUCAUCAGCCGCCUGGCCCCCUAAUCAAUCCCCUCCCACCCCUUUAACAGCCCUCUGCCCCAUUCAUCAGUCCCCUGACCCCCUCACCAAUCCCUUCCCCCUUUUAUCAGCCCCCUGACCCCCUCAUCAGUACCCUCCCACCCCUAUCACCCACCUGCCCCCCUUUAAUCAGUCCCAUGCCCCCCUUUUCAACCCCCUGCUCCCCUUCAUCAGCCCCCUUAAUACAUCCCAUGCCAAAUAAUCCAACCCCUGGCCACCCCUUCAUCAGUCCCCUGCCCCCUCAUCAAUUCCCUCCCACCUAUUUAUCAGCCAUCUGCCCCCAUUUCAUCAGCCCCCUGAUCUCCUCAUCAAUCCCCUCCCACUCCUUUAUCAACCACCUGCCCCCUUUAAUCAGCCCCAUGCCCCCCUUUUCAGUUUCCUGCCACCCUUUAUCAGCUCCCUUAAUAAAUCCCCUGCCAAUUAAUGCAAUCCAUGCCACCCCUUCAUCAAUCCCCUGCCCCCCUUAAUUAAAUUCCUGCACCUCUUCAACAAAACCUAUUUAAUAAAAAAGAAAAAAAAAGUCACUCACAGUAAAGGCUGCUGCUCCCUGGACUGAGCUGUCUCCGCCGAUUGAAGAGCACCGGGUGCCGCCUUCACUCACUGAAUUGGAUCCUUCCACGGCUCCCUCUGAUGACAGAGCACGUCGACGUUACGCAAGUACGCGGCAUAACGCCCCCACGCUCCUCCUCCACCCUCCAUACAGAAGUGGAUUCCCGGCGGCGACUCUCUGCUCAUAAUUUGCAAGUCAAGUGCAAAGCAGUAUUAUGCACUUGACUUGCACUUUAAAUACAGAACUCGGCCGGCCUGCGAGCUGUGUUGGCCGCCCGGCGCCCCUGUUGCCAUGGCGCCCUGUGCGGCCGCACAGCUCGCACACCCCUAAGGCCGGCCCUGCAUGUAACAAAUUACUAAUUUGUCUUUUUUCUUAACUGAGGCCCCUUUCCUUCAUUUUGAUCUGUAAAUACUGAACAAAAAUAUUAAUUGAGGCAGUCAGCUAGACCUUUAUCCUCUGCUACAUACCUUCUUUCUUUUGUUUUUAAUCUAACUAAUCCUUGUUUUACUUUCCUUUUCUCAUUUAUGCAUCUAAAAUAUGUUUUUUGUCCCCCUUUUUACUGACUGUGCUAUUUUCUCUUCUGUCUGUGAUUUGGAAGCUCUUAUAACUUGCUUAGCCUCUUUCUUCCUAAUCUUAUAGAUCUAAUACAACACAAAAAAGAUGGAGUAGGGCUGCGCCAAUACGAAUAAAAUAGUCUUAGAAAGGGUAGGAGGUCUCACUAGAGUAGCAGUAGAUAAUCAGGGAAACCUGAUAAGACGUAUUCUCUUCAAUGGGAGUGGAUAUGUCUCAGGGUGCUAGUUCGUAUAUAUGAAAGAGAGAAGUGUCAGAAAGCAACCAAUAGUGAGUAUUACUCUUAUCACUCUUUUAUACUUUAUUUCAUCACAAUUGAUAGCACUAAUGUUGCCUUUUAUCUCCCCUUUGGCGUUUUGGAUUACCAGACGGUGCUGACAGAUACAUCUUCCCACAUCCCAUAAGCGGGGAUUAUACCGCUGUAUGCUCUUCACACCAGAGCUUGCCAUAGCUCUUUUAAAUGUGAGUUUUUCUACCGCUUGUUACUUACUGCACUUUUGGACUCUAGACGUACUGCGCUAUUGGUUGCUUUCUGCCUCUCCUUUGUUUCAUAAAUACAAACUAACACCCUGAGACGUAUCCACUCCCAUUGAAGAGAAUACGUCUUAUCAGGUUUCCCUGAUUUUCUGCUGCUACUCUAGUGACCUCCUACCCUUUCUAAGACUAUUUUAUUUGUAUUGGCGCAGCCCUACUCCAACGUUUUUGUGUUGUAUUUGGUCCACUGAAGGACUUGAGGGGUUUCAUUCGCUUGGGUUGCUGCCCAUUCUGCAUAUAUUGUGUGUUGAUUAGCACUGAAUUCCUGCUGUACUCUGUGUGUUAAUCUCAUAGAUCUGUCUAUUUUCCUCACUCUGGGUUUUUUAUAAUUACUAAAUGCUAACUUUUUGUUUUUUACUAUUUUGGCCAUAUCUGUGGAGUACCACAGUGGUUUCUUGAAUUUUUUGCUUUUACUGACAAGCCUAAUACAAUUUUCUGUUGCCUUCAACAGUGCAACUUUUAAAUAAUUCCAUUUCUCUUGGACUCCAUUUAAAUUACUCCAGUCUGAUAACUCCUUUACACAUAUUCUAAUUUUAGAAAAGUCUGUUUUUCUAAAGUCUAAAACUUUUGUUUUUGUGUGGUGUAAAUUAGUCACUGUUCUUACAUUAAACCACACUGACUGAUGAUCAUUGGAUCCUAAACUUUCACCUACAGUAAUAUCCGAUACCAAAUCUCUAUUUAUUAAAACUAAAUCUAGUAUGGCCUCUUUUUGAGUUGGCUCCUCAACAACUUGUUUUAGAGAGAAUCCCAGUACUGAGUUUAGAAUAUGUUUUCUCCUGGCACAAGCAGCUAUUUUGGUUUUCCAGUUCACAUCAGGAAGAUUAAAGUCACCCAUGAUGAUAACUUCUCCCUUUAUUGUCAUUUUAGCUAUUUCCUCAACUAGUAUAUUAUCUAACUCUUCUAUUUUUCCUGGGGGCCUAUAAAUCACACCUAUACGAGUUACUGUGAUUACCAAAUUGUAACGUAACCCAAAUGGACUCUAUAUUCGCCUCACUAACUUUUAUUAGGCUAGAUUUUAUGCUAUCCUUCACAUACAGGGCCACACCUCCCCCUUUCUUGCCUUCCCUGUCUUUUCUAUAUAAAGAGUACCCUGGUAUUGCUAUGUCCCAGUCAUUUUUCUCAUUAUACUAUGUCUCAGUAACAGCCACUAAAUCUACAUUAUCAGUUGCCAUUAUUGCCACAAGUUCAUGGAUCUUGUUCCCUAAACUUCGAGCAUUUGUAGACAUGACUCUAAGCUUAUCAUUUUUUAACACAUUUUGUACUGGCGCCUUCUGUCCUUGUUUUGGGGGGCAGUUGGAUUGAUGUUUUAUCACCCUUUUACCCCACCCCCUUCCAUGUUUAAAUACAUGCUUGCAAAACCUCUGAACUGCUCACUGAGAACAUUUGUUCCCUUUUGAGAAAGAUGCAAAUCAUCUUUUUUGUACAGCUUAUUUCCACUCCAAACAGAGCUACCAUGAGAAAUGAAGCCAAAUCCUUGCUCCCGACACCAUUCACCAAGCUACAAGUUAAAGUCCCUAAUACGCAUCCGUAUGCACAGGCAGAACUUCAGAGAAUGACAGCGUGGAAGCAACCUGCCAUAUAUCAUUGGCAAAAACCCCAAAAACUAAUUUUACUCUGAAACCUCAUUGCAAGCCAAGUAAUUUGUCCCUAGAUGAACAAGUACAUCCAAUUCCCCUUCCUGCUUUGCUUGCUUAACAAUAUUACAAAUACGUCUCCUGUCUCUGUGAGCAGUAGGUCCAGGAAGACAUCUCAGAAGACCACUAUUGUCCAUCUCCACACCUCUAAUGAUAGAAUCCCCCAACAACAACAGCUUUCUAUUAGGCCUCACCAUAGUCUCCAAGCCUGUCUCCACAACACCACGACCCUCAGUGCCUGAGCCUGUCUCCACAACACCACUACCCUCAGUGCCUGAGCCUGUCUCCACAACACCACUACCCUCAGUGCCUGAGCCUGUCUCCACAACACCACUACACUCUGAAAGUGCUGACAAUGAAUUAUGUAGAGCAACAGACUGUGCAAUAUGCCUUUUAUCCACAACUCUAAGUCUACCAGAUAACUACGGUAAUCUAUCUGCCAUUCCUAGUACGUCUCUGCGGCAGUUGCUUUGCAGCAGUUCCAGCCUCAGUUUGUUUACCAGAUAAUCUACAAAUCUCAGACUUCAAAAAUACAAUCUUCUGCCGCAAUAUAGAGAACUGUCUACAGAUUAGACCGCACCCAAAUCUCCAGAAAGUGGAAUGUGAAACAAAUGCAUAACAACUAUUACACUGAACUAAGUCAUUUUAAUGAGGUGAAUAAUUUAAAUCAAACAAACCUUAACUGUUUGUUUUUGUCCUCCUGUAUACCUCAGAUUACCUCCAGUUUAUCUCUACAAUAUCUCCAAUCACACACUUAGAAGCAGCAACCAAGCUAUAUUAGCCACGCUAAAUACCACAACCCUUAUAUAAAUCCUAAAAGCACCAACCACUAGGAAUGUUUAACACCUGGGUAGGCCUUUUCCUUUUUGCAAACAAUAUCUAAUUAACCAACAAUCAAUAGAAAGCACCUUGCUAAUCAAAUAGCCUACCAAUUACCAACACGAAAUCAAACCUUGAGCAAUCAGUAACCUUUUUAUAUGUGUGGAUAUGUGAAUAUGUGUAUGUGUACAGUGAGGGAAAAACAUUUGAUCCCUUGCUGAUUUUGAACGUUUAUCCACUGACAAAGAAAUGAUCAGUCUAUAAUUUUAAUGGUAGGUGUAUUUUAACAGUGAGAGACAGAAUAACAAAAAAAUAAAAAAAAUCCAGAAAAAAGCAUGUCAAAAAAGUUAUACAUUGAUUUGCAUGUCAAUGAGUGAAAUAAGUAUUUGAUCCCCUAUCAAUCAGCAAGCUUUCUGGCUCCCAGGUGUCUUUUAUGCACUUAAUGAGCUGAGAUUAGGAGCACUCUCUUAAAGGAAGGGCUCCUAAUCUCUGCUCGUUACCCGUAUAUCAAUCAGAUUCCAAACUAUCCACCAUGGCCAAGACCUUAAUGCUGUCCAAGGAUGUCAGGGACACGAUUGUAGACCUACACAAGGCUGGAAUGGAUUACAAGACUAUUGCCAAGCAGCUUGGUGAAAAGCUGACAACAGUUGGUGGGAUUAUUUGCAAAUGGAAGAAACACAAAAUAACUGUCAGUCUCCCUCGGUCUGGUGCUCCAUGCAAGAUCUCACCUUUUGGAGUUUCAAUGAUCAUGAGAACGGUGAGGAAUCAGCCCAGAACUACACAGGAGGAUCUUGUUAAAGGGACACUAUAGUCACCCAGACCACUUCAGCUCAAUGAAGUGGUCUGGGUGCCAGGUCCCCCAGGUUUUAACCCUUCAGAUGUAAACAUAGCAGUUUCAGAGAAACUGCUGUAUUUACAUUGUAGGGUUAAUCCAACCUCUAGUGGCUGUCUUCCUGACAGCCGCUAGAGGUGCUUCUGCGACUGUUUGAAUGCGCACGCGGCUCUUGCUGCACAUGCGCAUUCCGCUCCACUCGGGAGCUGACGUCGGUGGGGGAGGAGAGGUAACCAGCACCGAUGGAACCCGGGGCUGGAUUAAGGUAAACUGCUGAAGGGGUUCAGCGCCAAGGGAGGGGGACCCUGAGGGUGGGUGGGGGUGUCCUAAGGAUGCAAUAGUGUCAGGAAAACGAGUUUGUUUUCCUGAAAUUAUACUGAUCCUUUAAUGAUCUCAAGGCAGCUGGGACCAUAGUCACCAAGAAAACAAUUUGUAACAUACUAUGCCGUGAAGGACUGAAAUCCUACAACGCCCUCAAGGUCCCUCUGCUCACAAAAGCACAUGUACAGGCCCGUCUGAAGUUUGCCAAUGAACAUCUGAAUGAUUCAGAGGAGAACUGGGUGAAAGUGUUGUGGUCAGCUGACACCAAAAUCGAACUCUUUGGCGUCAACUCAACUCGCCGUGUUUGGAGGAGGAGGAAUGCUGCCUAUGACCCCAAGAACACUAUCCCCACUGUCCAACCUGGAGGUGAAAACAUUAUGCUUUGGGGGGGUUUUCUGCUAAGGGGAAAGGACAACUGCACAGCAUCAAAGGGACAAUGGACAGUCCCUUUUUCACUUGGGUGAAAACCUCUUUCCCUCAGCCAGGGCAUUGAAAAUGGGUCGUGGAUGGGUAUUCCAGCAUUACAAUGACCCAAAACACACAGCCAAGGCAACAGGAGAAGCACAUUAAGGUCCUGGAUUGGCCUAGCCAGUCUCUAGACCUUAAUCCCAUAGAAAAUCUGUAGAGGGAGCUGAAGGUGUGUGACAAACCUGGUGGCCAACGACAAGAAACGUCUGACCUCUGUGAUUGCCAACUAGGAUUUUGCCACCAAGUACUAAGUCGAAGGGGUCAAAUACUUAUUUCACUCAUUGAUAUGCAAAUCAAUGUAUAACUUUUUUGACAUGCAUUUUUCUUGUUAUUCUGUCUCUCACUGUUAAAAUAUACCUACCAUUAAAAUUAUAGACUGAUCAUUUCUUUGUCAGUGGACAAACGUUCAAAAUCAGCAGGGGAUCAAAUACUUUUUUCCCUCACUGUACAUUUACAUAUAUAUGGGUCUGUGUAUUUUUAGGCACAUUUGUACAUGUGUAGGUACAUGAAUAGAUGAAAAAGAGUAAUUUGUCCCAGUACUAUCAAAGAAAAGGUCAAUAAAAUCCUUUAUUGGUAAAACAAAAAACACACACACACAAAUCCUUAACCACUUGUCACAUCUGCCACCAUUGUAGUUAAUUGGGGCAGUAUAUGUGACAGGAUCUAAAUAUGCUAAGUGAGGAAUAUUACAGUAGGCCUGUAAUAAAAGAGGGCCCACCAAGGUGAAAUAUAAUAUGUAGGUGGGUGGGGUCAAAUAUAACAAAUAAAUAAACGGACAAAAUAUGGGCAGAAACCCUGUAGGGAGUUAAGCAAAUACUCCCUGGAAGCAGGAGCUGUACAAUACACGCAACACAGUUGCAAUUGACUGGCUAGAUUGCUUGAUCAUAAUAUAUUGACACAAGUGUAGCAAAAUCUAUUGUAGUCCUCAAAUAGAAUAUAAUAAACACUAUGUUAGCAAAACAAAAAAGAUGCUAAAUGAGGAUAUACAAAACUAGUGCAAUGUGCUAUCUCAAAAAAAUAUAUGUAGUAAUUAUUAGCAUUAAUAUGCUCAUUGCCAAUAAGUAAGAACAGCAAACAAGGUUAAUGCCCCCCCCCCCCCAAAAAAAGGUAAAAUACCAUGCUCCGAAAACGCCAAUAAAGACUGAGAUGCAUAUAAGUCUGCAGCAAUGUCUCAGUCUAUGGGUAUAUAAUAGAAAUUAGCUGACACAUCUAGGAUCAUAGCCUAGGAUAACGCACAAUAUCCGUAGAUUCCCUGAUCUGUGCCUUCAAGGGCACCUGUCUCUAAAAAAAUAAAUAGGGUUAACUGGCUAGCUGCUCUGUGGUAUAACUACUUAGACGGUCAGCACUGAGAUAUACUCAUUAUAACAACUAUACUAAUCUGUGCCUUCAUGGGUACCUAUCCAUGACUAGUGAGAUAGAGCUGAACUGGUAAACUAAACUGAUAAACUAAUCUAUUAUAAUAGAUCUAGUAAGAUAGUCCGUAGAGAGGUCCUGGGUGUAGCGAUAUAAAUCAAGAAUAUGAGUGUAAGGUAGCCAGUAAAUGUAGAUAUUUGCACCAAACAGGACCAAGUGUAGGACCAUGUGUAGGUACAUGUAUUGAUACUUGUGCGUGGAUGUUUGUAUAGGUGUGCAUGUACAUAUAUUUGUGCAUUUGGUUGUAGUUAAAUGUAUAUCGUACGUACUUGUGUAUACUUGUACAUACCCACUGUGUGUGUGUGUGUGUGUAUAUAUAUAUAUAUAUAUAUAUAUAUAUAUAUAUAUAUAUAUAUAUAUAUAUAUAUAUAUAUUAUAUAUAUAUAUAAUUUGUGCUCGGAAUUUCAAUAGGUUAUGGAUUGUAGAAGAUGCAAAGUUGGUUGACGUGUGCCAAAACCAACGUACCAGUAGGCCUGUAAUAAAAGAGGGCCCACCAAGGUGAAAUAUAAUAUGUAGGUGGGUGGGGUCAAUCAGCUUGCUCGGCAAAGGUGCGUAAGGGUUUAAGUAGGGGCCUUAGUAGGGGCCUUAACUCCUCCCACAAAUUCAGGCCUAAUGGCCUUUUAACUUCUGCUCGGAAUUUCAAUAGGUUAUGGAUUAUAGAAGAUGCAAAGUUGGUUGAGGUGUGCCGAAACCAACACACUAGUAGGCCUGUAAUAAAAGAGGGCAAAAGGAGAAUUCAAAGUAAACACACUUUAUUGCAAGUUUACAAAGCUAGACUUCUGAAAGCUUGCCGAAGCUCCUUCUCUGGUUGUGGUAUGUAAGUAUUGUAAAUGGAUGAUUUCCAGCGGCCCAGUCUCUUGAUGAUGUGGACUGGUGUGUUAGAGCUUGAUGCGGAAGAGGCUGCUCCUAUACGAAAGGAGUGACCGGAGAAGGAAGCCGGGUUGUAGCCCAACCUUGACAGUAGCGUCCUAAUGUGAGAAGUGAAUUUAGCUGUGGUGAGUGGGUGCCCUUGGAGUAGCAAUAGUGGAGUGUUUGGUGAGUGUGUGUGGUGAGAUACGAGAAAUAAGUCAAGUACUUUGACUGGACACCAGAUUACAUAGUGGUCGUCGACCUUUCUAAGAUGAGACAGCUUAAGGCUUGAUAUUGUAUCUGCCUGUCUUAUGACUGUGAACUCCCUAGGUCUGAGGAAGCCGUAGAAAGCAAUAAAGAUAGCUGCCUUUUACACUAGAUAAUGGUGAUAGUCGAUGGGAAUUCAUGAAUUCUUAAUCUAUUUAAUUCAUAUUUUACUCUGCCAUUCUAUCACCAUCUUCUGCACUGUUUGCUUAUGUUUUCUCUCUUCCCCCCUCACUCUGUGAUCUUCACACAAGAUAUUUACGAUCCUCUGCAAGAAUGGUGUCUAUUUUCUAUGAAACCUGUGUCUUAUCUGCACUCAGGUCACUUUAACCCCUGUAUCACAACUCAAUUUUGAAUUAUAUGUGUCGUCUUUGCUCAGAAAUGCUUAAGACUUGAGAAAGGGAGGUUCUCCCGAAAGCUUGUCAUUACAAAAUUCUGUUAGUCCAAUAAAAAAGGUAUUACAAGAUACAAAUUUUAUCUGUGUGUUUGUGUGUGUGUGUGUGUAUAUAUAUAUAUAUAUAUAUAUCAUAUUCUCUCACACACAUACCUAGAGACAAACACCUUGUGACAUACACUGUUCCAGAUACACAUAGAUACACACUGCAGGAUACACAUAUACAAUGACAGGCAUAGGUGCACACAGAUAAACAAUGUUAGAUACCUGCAGUAGGCACACAGAUUUCCACUGUCAGACUCACAUGCAUAGAUGCACAAUGUCAACACAGAUGUACACACUGUCAGACACACACACACACACUCAGAAACAGAUGCAUGCACAUACACAUGGUCAUUAACACUGUUAGACACACAUACAGUCUCUCUCACAUGCACCCACAAAUGAUUUAUCUUAAUAGUGUUUUUGAUUAUUAUCCUCCACCCUACAUUUGUGAGAGCUGAAGGGGAUCUUAUCCAUGGUGGACAGUGGAGCUGCUCUAAUUUCUGUACACUGCCUGACCAGCUCCCUCGUGUGCCAUAUAUUGAUGCCUGUGCUUGAGCGAUUCAUAUUUCAGAUUUAAGCAUCACUAUAGGGCACACAAGGGAGUUGUGCAGACACAGCAGAUAUUGAUUACAGCUCCCUUGGUACCCAACUUUCCCCUACUUUGCACAUUCUGGCAGAAUAGGACUUUGGGCUUACACCGACCGGCCCUGUCUUUCUAAAAAGUGUUACUAUUUACAGUUACAGUAUAUAUCAUACCAAAAGAAUCAUUUCAUAGAUCAGAUGAUAAAACAUUAAUUGCUUUUUAGGCUACUGUUAAUUAGAUAAAUCCAUUUAUAACAUGAAAUUGUUCUUUAUUUGUGUUUAUUCCUACCAUAAUUUUUGCGUAGGUUAUCCACUGUAGAAAUUCUCUUACAUUAACAUUCAGAAUGUAUUAAAUGCAUGAUACAUAGUGUUUCCUUUUAAAACUUUCUUUUUUUCUUGCAGAUUACCUUUGAUAAGUGUUGCAUUAAUCCAAGGAAAAGCCAUGGGUGGAGGAUCAGAGCUUUGCACUGCCUGUGAUUUCAGGUUAAUUGACCAUUUGACCUAGUGAAGAAAUACUCUACAAACCAUAAUUACAACAGCACGUUUUAGUGGUUAUGUAGCCAAGAGUCUUUUAGUGCCUUCAGAUGUUAAAUAGUCUCAGACCAUUUGACCAACUUACCUAGAUUUGUCAGGCACCCAAGCUUCUUGCAGUCUGAGCUGAUGUGCUAAAGUAGAAGUUCAUAUUUCUUCAUACUCCCACAAUAUCAUACCAACUCAUACUAAGUUAGAACAUUGAUAGUUGGCUGAGAGUUUUCAGGUGACUUCCUCUUUAACUUAUCAGCUUAGACAGGAACAAGAACAAGGAUUAGCUAAAGUUCUGGUGUCCGCAAACACUUCAGAAUUUGGGAUUUGCUGCAAAAGUGGAGCAUUCAGAGAAAAACCUCUUCAAAACGAACAAACAGAAAAACACUUAAUCGCUUCUUUAAAGUAUUCAUUAUGACUAGAGCCAUUUCCGGAGUAUUAUUAUCCGUGUUUAUCUUACAGAAGCAUCAAUGCUAGGGUUGUUAAAUUACAUAAGGCUUGAAUAGUUUAUUCUUUAUAAUAAUCAAACCAUUUUCCCCAAAUCUUAUUGUAAAAGCUGAUGUUAUCCUUAAAAUACACUGUCUUUUUCCAUUAGGCCUUGAUAUUUAAUCUGGGUUUUGAUCUCUAUUAUAGAGGGAGAUAUAUUCUGUUUCCAUUUUCUAGCAAUACAUAGUUUAACAUUCAUCAAAAUAUGUAUAGUCAAAUAUUGAGAGAAUUUAUAAAUUUUUGAGAAAUUUAAAUGGAAUAAAAAACUUUCUGGAGAGAACGUAAUAUUUACUUUUAAAUCAGUAAAGAGUUUAGAUAUUUCCAAUUUAAGAAUAUCCAAACCUAUACAAUCCCACCACACAUGUUUAAAUGAACCAUAUUCACUAUUACAACUCCAGCAGGUAUUUGAGGAGUUGGCUUGAAAUUUACAUAUUUUCGUAGGGACCAUAUACCAUCUAUGGAUAAGUUUAAGGUAUGUUUCCUGUAUGUUUAUACAAUGGACCGAUUUUCUUAAAGCUUCAAAUGCUUUUAACCAAUCUUGGGCUGAAAAAGAUUUAUUUAGGUCAAUUUCCCACCUAGAGAUCGUAUUAUAUUUUACCUCUUGAUUUAAUACCUCCAAAGAUCUUCUAACUGCUGAAGAUUUAUUUUUAACCUCUUCAAAAAGGAUCUUCUCAAAAGACAAAUCUUUAAUUAUAGUUGCCUUAUAAAGAAAGUUUUUUUUUUUUUUUUAAUUCUUAGGUAAAAUAUUCUUUAGUCACAAGUCCAAUUUUUUCUUUGAUACUUAGAAAGCUACAAAAUCGAGAAAAGUUGUAUAGGUCCUGAAUUUUUAACCCAACUGUAAGUAACCAACCAGAUAAGUUAAGAUCUUGAAUGAAGAAUUUUAGAAUCUCCAGAGGGGCAUUUGAGGAAAUUUGGUUUGGAGCAAAAAAAUGUUUCUUUAUUGGUAUUAUAGUUUGGAAAGUUUGGGAGAUAAUUAAGUUGUCAAUAGGUAGGUUUUUAAAAAGUAUUUUAUCAAUCCAGAAAAGACCAAAAGGAUCAAAGGUAUUACAUAGGCUCUUUUUAUAUAAAUACCAAGCUUUCUGCUUUGAGUUAUUAUUUCCCCAUUCUAAAUAGUGUGAAAACAUAACUCUGUCAUGGAUAUAAAAUGUAUUCGGAAAUGAUAAACCUCCUUCUGCUUAUCUAGCCGACAUAACUUUAAGAGCAAUCCUUGGUUUUUUAUUGCCACACACAUAAGAUACAAAUAAACCAUGAAACAAUUUAAGUAUUUUCCUUGGGACUCUAAGUGGGAUGGUGCGAAGUAGAUAUUCUAAUUUUGGAAGUAAAUAUGCUCUGAUAAUAUUUAUUCUUCCAAGCCAAGAUAUUUGUAAUGUAGACCAUUUUAGAAUUGUUUCUAAAUUCUCUUAAACGUAUGGUAUAAUUAUCAGUGGUCCAUUCUUUAAUAUUAAAGUUUAUAUUUAUUCCCAGAUAACAUAAGGAAUUGGACCAUUUAAAUUUACAGUUAUUAUUUAGGUUAUUUAUUAAUGCGUAUACUGGGUAGAGUCAACUAGCCCUGGAGAGUGGAGAAAGUUGUAAGAAUAGGGAUAGGAAUAGAUUGGUGAAGGGUCUCAACUAGUAAAGAAAAGCUCCUAUAAAAGCUCUUAAAAUUUAAAUGGAUAAAAGUAAGUGUAAAAACCUACACAUACCAGGAGAUCCCUAAACCAGUCGGAGAUGAAAUCUUAUAUUCUUAUUGAUGGCUUUAAAAGGUAGAAUGCAAAGUAGAGCUGGUGCCGUUAAAAUAUGAGGAAUUGAAAGAACUUGAAAGUGUAAAGUGCAAUAUGCAAAUGGUCACUAGGUGUCAGCCAAGCUUCAAAUUUAUUAAUAAAAAUUAAAAUCCACUCACGAACAUGAAGUGGAUUUUUAAUUUUUAUUAAUAAAUUUGAAGCUUGUAAUUGAAAAGCACUGCUACCUCUCUUUUUUUUUUUUCAGUUCCUAUCUUGGAGGAACCAUUAUUACCACAUACCUGCUAUAGUGGUCUGUGAGUAAUACUAUCACCUUUGUUACAAUUUCACAUUUUUGUUUUCAUUUUAUGUUACCAAUACUGGUUAUAUUGUUUUUACAGCCUUAUACAUGAAUGCUACUGUCAAUUUUAAUGGAUAGUAACACUAUGUGUUGACUGUGAUAGUGCAACCAUUUCAUACCAGGUCCUUUCUUUACAUUAAACAAACUUUGGCAUCCAGAAUACUAUUUACUGACUUUUUAUAUUAUCAAGUUGGACUCAUUUCACCAAGCACUGGACUAUUGAGUGGGAUAUUGCAUAACAGAUGAGAUUGUGCAGAUUUAUAUUUCUGCCAUAGACCAUUUAGGUCACAUUUGUAUUUUGUUUUUGUUUUUAAUUACAUGUCUGCUGAUUAUUCAUGGUUUAGUAACAUUCCCCUCUUAUGUGAGAUUGCUCAGCACUUGGCUGACACCUAGUGACCAUUUACAUAUUGCACUUUACACUUUCAAGUUCUUUCAAUUCCUCAUAUUUAUCAUACAGAGCUUGAGUUUUUUGCAUAUUGAUCUUCUAGUUAGAAAAUCUACUGUAUUCUUCUAUACCGCGAAGUGUAAAUGGUAUAGAAGAGUCUGGGUUUGUUAAUGUCAAAAUCAUAUCAUCAGCGAACAUUGUUAUUUUUUGUUCCUGAGUUCCUAAGUUCACCCCGGUUAUGUUAUGCUGCUGCCUUAUAUAUGCUGCCAAUGGUUCAAUAGAAAGAACAUAAAGAAGGGGGGCCAAUAGGCAUCCCUGACGGGAUCCAUUUUUAAUAGAAAACCAAGCAGAAUCUAAACCAUUACCAUAGAUUUUUGCUAUAGGAGAAGAAUAUAAAGACAUUGUUAUAAAUAUUAAAAGAUCCAUCAAUCCCAAAUGCGGAAAGUUUAGCUGAUAAAAAUUUCCAAUUUACUCUGUCAAAUGCCUUUUCGGCAUCGACUACUAUAAAAACUGUAGAAAUAGAUUUUUUGCCGACUUCUAUCAUCAUCAUUCAGAAUUUUGCAAAUAUCACUAGCUGAUCUUCCUUUUAUAAAACCAGAUUGGUCUAAAUGAAUUAGAUCUUAAAUUAUCUUGGACAAUCUAUCUGCUAGGAUUUUUGAAAAUAUUUUUAUAUCCAGAUUGACGAGGGAAAUUGGACGGUAAUUGGAUAUCUAGUGUGAAUCUUUCCUGGGUUUUGGGAUUGGGGAAAUUGUGGCUUCCAGCAUUCUAGAGGAAAAACUAUUGGAGGUUGUUAUAUCUGAAAAGGUUUUUAAUAAUAAAGGGGUUAUUAUUGACUCGAAGGAUUUGUAAAUGUACACAGAAAAUCCAUCGGGACCAGGUGCUUUCCCAUUACUAAGCUUGGCAAUUGUUUUCUUUAUUUCCUCUGCUUCAAUAGGUUUAUUCAAAUUUAGUAAUUUAUCAGAGUUUAAUUUUGGAAGAUUAAGUUUUGUGAGAAAGUCUUUUAAAUCGUUCUCAGAGAAGGUAUUUUCUUUUAAGUUAUAUAAUGAGGCAUAGUAUCUAGCAAAGGCCUUGCUUAAAUUAUGCGGAGAUAAGCAUAUUUUAUCUCCGUCUAUAAUUUUUUUUUUUUUUUAUUGUGAAUUUUCUCUGAUCUGAUUUAAGUUUAUAUGACUUAGAUUUCCCUACUUUAUUAUUACUACUGUACCAUCUUUGGUUCAGGGAUAUAAUUGAAUUUUUAAUUUUAUUUUCCAAGAUUACUUUUAUUUGACCUUGGAGGGUGUUGAUUUGUGAAGCUUAAUGGGAAUUUGGAUUUAAUUUAUUGCUAUGCUCAAGUUUAGACAGUUGUAUAUAAAGGUCUGCUAAAUUCACAACUCUAGUUUCUCUAGUUCUAGCACCUAGCUUAAUUAAGUUAUCCCUCAUAACACAUUUAAAAGUUAGCCAUAGAGUUUUGUUAGAAACUUGUCCAUUGUCAUUAAUUUUUAUAAAUUCUUUUGCCAUAUUUGCAAGAUACUUCCUAUUUUUUUCAGAUGUUAUAAUUGAUUUGUUUAAGCGCCACUGGUGUUUAAUGUUAUAUUCUGGGUUAUUUUCUAAUAUUACGCUAAUAGGGGCAUGGUCAGACCAAACAAUAGGUCCAAUUUCUGAACUUACGAAUUUUCUCAAAUUAGCCAUAUCUGUUACAAAGAAAUCUAUUCUAGAAUAACUAAGAUGGACUUUAGAUAAAAACGUAAAGUCCUUUUCAGUCGGAUGUUGUACCCUCCAAAUAUCGAAUAACCGAGAUUUAGCUAGGAAGUCUUGGAGACAAAUAUAUUGCUUUUUAUGAGGAUAGUUCAAUUGUUUUAAGUAAAACACUUAAUGUUGUAAUUAUUAUUAUUAUUAUGCAUUUUAACAUUGUUACUAGUGCCUUUUCAAGUUGGUGGAGCGCAAGACUGGACACAUGGAUUUGACUUUCUUAAUGUUUCUAAUCAUGAAUAGGAAUAGGUCUAUAUGACUCUAACCUCCAAUAUAUGUGGAUGAUCCACAUUAAUUACUAUUAAUUCCACAUUAAUUCCUAUUAAUUCGUUUAAGAAGUUGGGCAUUUUGAGACUACAUUCAAAUUACAAGUGUAAUACAGAAUGUAACCACAAGAUGUCGACCAAGGAUUACUUUUAAAAAUAUUGUUUAAAAUACUAGGUGCCUGCCUUACAUUAGUGUGCAUGGGGGAGCUGUGGGGACCAAGUGGCAAGCACCGCUAUCUGUGUGGUGCCUGCGUGUAUAUCAGGUGGGGCAGUUGCCACGUGGUACACACCGCUGUCCAUGAGGUGUUUGCCUAACAGAGGUGGGACCUGGGGGAGCCAAACGGCAAGCACCACUGUCUGUGCAGUGCUUGCCUGUAAAUCAGGUGGUGGGAGCCAUGUAACAGGCACUGUUGUCUGUGCAGUGCCUGCCUGAAUUACAGGGGGAAGGGAGCGAGCGUGUGAGCUCGUAGAAGGUAAUCUUUGUGCCACGCUUCAUUUCGGGUCCAGUCAUGGCAUCAGGCAUGGCUGUAACAUGAAGUUCCUGCCGCUGAUCUGCCCCUCUCAGCUCUCCCAUCCCAGGUACCAGGAAGCAAAAAUGGAGGUAAAAAUAAAUAGGUAAAUAUAAAAAAUAUAUAUAUAGUGAUGUCCCGAAUGGUUCUUUAUUGAGUAAACUUUGACCCUGUACCUCACAGUCAGCAGACACAUUCCAGCCAAUCAGCAGCAGACCCUCCCUCCCAGACCCUCCCACCUCCUGGACAGCUUACUAAUAAUGCAGCUUCACAAUGGAUGCUGUCCAUGAGGUGGGAGGGUCUGGGAGGGAGGGUCUGCUGCUGAUUGGCUGGAAUGUGUCUGCUGACUGAGGUACAGGGUCAAAGUUUACUCAAUGAUGAGUCCGGGGCGAACCGUUCGCAACAUCACUAUAUAUAAACAUUUAUAAAAAUAAAUAUAAUAAGUACAAAUUUUAUAUUUUCCGAUUUAUUUUUACCUCCAUUUUUUUUUGCUUCCUGGUACCAUCACAUCCUUAGGUGGGGAUUAUAUCACCCAUGCUGUAUACACUAGAUCAAGUUCUGCUCUAGUAAAUGUAAGUAAAUGUAAUUUCUUUAUUUCUCCUUUUACACCUAAUAGUACUUACUUUACCAUUGGAGUAUCUCUUUUGUAUUUUCUUUUCUUUUUUUUUUUUUUAACAUCAGAAUAUGGUAUUUGUUUCAUUCCUUGAAUAGUUAUAGUUGAAAUUAUCAAACACCAAAUCAUCAUAUGUAUUGUUCAGUCUCUCUUUCUCUCACUUUUCUAAUUACUUUUCUAUUUCCUUUUUUUGUUUAUCUAGACACUGUUACAAUUUUAUUAAACAAUCAAAUACAUAACAUAACAGACUAACAAACAAACAGACAUUUUCUCGGUACGCGGUGUAAUAAUAAAAAAUAAUUUUUUUUAAAAAAAUUCCCAUAUCAGGCUUGGGAUGGCGGGGGCAUAUAUUUUCCUAGGCGGAAGGAAACCAUACGGCUACAGAAAAAACAAGGAAAAAUCCACUAGGAAAGGAAAAGAUAAAGAAAAAAACCUAAUUGUUCAGGGUCUAAUUUUUUAAUCCAUUUGUCCCAGUAGGUGUAGUGAUGUCCCUUGUUUGGUGCAAAGUCUCUUUGUACUUUCACAUAUGUCCUGCACAUUGUACCUUACUUGAGACAUCAGAGAUGUCCACAUCUGCACAUAUCCUUAGAUGGGGACUAUUCCGUCCACGUGCAUUACAGUUGACCUCUAAGUUAGCUCUAUCAAAUGUGAGUGAUACUACAUAAGAUUAUUUUACUACCCACCCAUCAGUCAUACUGUACUGCACUGUUGUAUUAUUUUUACUUUUAUCUUUGAGGUCAACUGUAUGUACAAUUACAAAAAGAUUUGUGUACGUAUAUAUUGUUUGGGGCGCGGUCUCCUCCUACCUUUUCUCAGAAAAAAAAUAUAGUUUAUUUUAAAAUUGGUGGACAGGCCUCCACUGAUUGAUUGAGACCAUAUUUUAAGCACUUCACUGCAAGAUUUAGGUUAGCGAGAGCUUCAAAGAGGAGUCCGGGAUCGGCACCUGUUGGACCCCAGGUAAGAAGUCAAAUGAUUCUAAAACAGUUGACUAGUUACAGUUGGGGCUGCCAGAGAUCUCCUGGCACCAUAACCACUAUACUGCACUGUAGUGGUUAUAGUGCAUGGAGUAUUGCUUUAAAAUGCUAAAUUGGAUGCUAGACUGAAUACAGAUGAGAUCAUACAAAUGUGUCAGGUUUGGCAUGGGAAGUAUAUUUUGUGCUACCUCCUGUUUGUAAGGUACGUAACGUUUAUAAUAUCAACAGUGCUAUAUAAAAACCAAAACCAGAGAUUGUACGGUAAGUGCUUUGUAUUCUUAGCACUACAGUUUUCCUUUAAAUAAAGUGAACAUACAGUAAAUAAAAAAGUGAACAUUGUUUAAAGACAGAAAUAAGGAAUAUAUCCCUGUAUGUCACUAAAAUUUUACAAAAUUCACUGUCAUUGUACAUUGGUGUAAAUGCCAUUGUGGAGAAGGGGAUUCUAGGAUAUGAUCAGACGCUAUAGAUCAGAGUAAGAGGUUCCUGAUUGGUUAAACAUUUUUCUGUUUGUAUAUGUCUUCAAAGCAAUAUCUGUAUAAUGUAACUGGUACUAUCUUUGCUUUCCUUUAAAUAAAUAAUGAAACAAGUUACGUUAAAAAAUAAUAAUAAAUAAAUAUAUAUAUAUAUAUAUAUAUAUAUAAAAUUGUUUAAAUGUGGUCAAUGAAGAAAUAAAAUGAUAAAGCAAUUUACAGGUUAUUACAUUAGUUGGGCAAGAACAGUUGGAUAUUGGAAGUUGCUCAAAUACCCUAAAAAUUUAAAUGUCAUGCCUUUAGCAACAAGGAUAAGCAAACACCUUCAUGUAAUUUGUCUUGAGACAUUUAAAAUAGUAACAAGAUAUGGUCUUAAACUGAUGUCAGUGCUAUAAACUCACUUAAAGUGUGCAUUUUACAUUGAUCAAAGUAUAAAUAUUAUGUUUCAUUUACAGGCUAAUGACUCCAGGCAGUGAAAUUAGAUUUGUUCAUAAACAGAUGGGACUAGUUCCAGGAUGGGGUGGAGCAGCCAGGUUAAUUCAUCUGAUUGGAAGCAGACAUACUUUGAAACUACUUUCUGGCACUCUAAGAGUUGAUCCUGAUUAUGCAUUAAGAAUUGGACUUGCAGAUGAUAUUCUAAAUUAUGGCGAUGAUAGAUCACUAGAGGAAACCCAGAAAUGGAUGCAGACAUACACCAAAGGUUCACCACUCAUAAACAGAGCUGUGAAAAAAGUUAUUCUGUCCGGUAGAGAGAAGAAUCUUGAAGAUGCUUUAAGGACAGAGAAGGAGAUCUUUGGGACAGUGUGGGGUGGCCCUGAUAAUGUUCAAGCCUUGUCAAAGGGAACUAAACAUAAGUAAAUGUUAGAUUUUUUUACAUUAAUGUUGUCCAGCCUUUUUAUAAGGUAGGUCUCCAGCCUGACAGAACUCUCUCUCCUUAUAGUAGUACUCUUUAAAUGGAAAUUGUGCUUGUCAAAUAAAUGCAUUUAGAAUGGUGCUUGUAAUUCAUAAAAUGUAAUGUAUGGGAUUGUUAAACAAUUAAAAAAUUAAGAAAGCACUUUAUAAAAAAAAAUUUACAUGAUAAUUUCACAUUUAGAAAAUAAAAAGUGUAAAUAUAAAUAUGCAUUUAAUGUUGACAAAAGAUUUUGGUGAUGGCUCUUCUCCAAGUUUUGUGUAUGUGCUAGGGUGAUGUAAAUGUGAAAUAGUAGCUCUUGGGACAUAGAAAAUGUAUCUACAGCAAUACCUGAAAUGCAAAACAUAAGUGAAACGCAUAUAUUUUUUAGCCCUCCCUUCUCCUUUUUUCCCUUCCGUUCCUCCUCCCGUUGCAGGCUCCAUGUGCGCGCAUGCGCUCUGAGGAUGUUAAAUCCUCCAAUAAAAGGCUUCUCUCCGAAGAGUCUCCAGGCACGGUCUAUCCAUUUAAUGUUACAUAGUUACAUGUUAAACCAUUUUCAUGCAGUUAGGAUCCCUGGUCAUCCAUAUAUUAGCUCCAACAGGAUGUAUGGCCAAGACAGAUAUUACACACUUCCUUCUAACACAGUCAAGCAAUCACAGCAAUGUGUGCUGUGAUAGAUUGAAAGUGGCCAGCUGUCACUCUCUGUUAAUCACAGCCGCCGACUGCUGAUCAGUCAAAUGUUUCCUCACUAGCCCAAGCCACUCAUUUAGCAUUAAAAAUGGUUUGAAUGGAAGAAAAGUGCCAGGGGAUUCCAGCCACUGUAACCACUUCAAGAAGAUUAAGCAGUUACAAUGUCUACCGUGUCCUAUUAAGAAGUAUAUGUCUAGGGGGCAUGUCCUGGAGCUGUUGGGGAGCGGUCGCAUGCUGUAAACGCGCCGUGCACCUAAGGCCUUACUCUGAGCCAUUUGGACCGUAAAACACCCGAUCCCAACGACUAACUGCAAUAGGUCUCCCUCCAAACCUAAAUGGACGUCAGAGAGGCAGGAGAAAUCACAAUUUUUCACCUCCAAAACUGGGCAGAACAAAUUCCUAGUGCUGGCUGAAGAAAGCCAAGAUGGCGCAUGCGGACAUUAGACCCUCCGGUCACCCAAAGUGUCCUUAAGAACAUGCUGGACGCAAUGUCCGAACAUAUAAGGUGGACUCUACAAUCCUCCUUAGGGGAUCUACGCAAAGAUCUGCAUGAACUGGGGGCCAGAACAGCCACAGUGGAAAACACCAUGGCGGAGUACGCUGAGGCCCACACAGACAUGGCUACAAAGUGUCAGGGCUUACCGGAGUUGGGAGUCCGGCAGGUAGAGAUAUAUCACCCUUGCAAGUAUACACCCAUCAGAUGCACAAGUGUAGCCAGGAGGAGGAUCUUUCUUUACAGAACAAUUCGCAUUUUCAGGUAUUACUGGAGAGAGGUUAGGGCUGGCAAUGUAUUUGGUGCAAGCGGCAAGUACCUUGAUCCCAGGAGUCUUAUUUUUUUAACCUUUUUCCUUAGGUACAUUACCAGGAGCAGAGUUUGUGGCUUUCAAAGUGGUGAUGGUACCAGCUUUAACAUGAGUGUCUUCCGGCAGAGGUUCAGACUUCUCAGGAGUACUGGAUAUGUUAUUCGCCAUAGUCUGAGUACCCUUCUGUGUCACAGAACAGGGACAUGACUAGCAGCAACCUUGUCAGCUUCUUGACUGUGUUUCUGAGAUGACUGGAUAAGUCCGUAGGGCACCCAAUAGAAGAGGUCUUUGCCUGGGUGGACGAAUUGGGCAGAGAGAGAUGAAAUGCCCUCUUUCUCCACAGUACAGGGACAAGCCAUGGGCUCUCCUACGGUCUUUUUCCUUUAGAGGCAACCUAGUCCUGGUAAAUCCGAUCUCCAUAGGUUCCUCCCUGUUCAACGAGGUGCUAUUGCUAGCUGGAGUACACUCAGGGUAACAGGACAGGUUCCUGGAAGUGGGUUCACGGUGGAACGAGAGGAGAAUUUGAAGAGUUUGUACAUAGUCUUCUUUAGGUAACCAAGCUCUGAUAAAGUCGGUGACGUAGGUUCUGGGUUUCAAGGCAAACAGGAAUUCACAGUCCAUUUUGAAGAUCGAGAAAGUGGAACAGGAACCGUUGAACCUGUUAGGCAGUAUGACAUAGGGUUCUGGAUAAGCAGGUUCCGGGGCUGGGCGUACCGUGCCUUUAAGAAAUAAAAUUUCUUGCUGCAGCUCCAAACAAUCUGGGCCAGGCUGCACACCUGCUGGGACAGGGGUGAGCACAUCUCUGCGGACUCCAAUGGUCAGUUCCUUAUGUCAGGGCUUACCUGAGUUUGGAGUCCGGCAGGCAGAGAUAUAUGCUCACCCUUGCAAGUUAACACAGGCCGAGGUGGUCAGGCAAGAAUUCACCUGGCCUGUGAGUCAGUGCACGGGGGCUGUGCAGGAUAAUUCUCCAAGUCGCAGUACAGGAAUGGAUAAAGCAGGAGAAUCGUUGUGGGUAAAACAGAGGUCAGAGGGUGCCAGAAAUCAGGAUUAACGAGAAGAAAGCUGAGGUCAGAGGAUGCCAGAAGUCAGGAUAUACGGAGUAACAAGCCAAGGUCAGGAUUCAACAGGAGCACACUGGAACACAAACAGCAAUACGGAACCAGAGUCUUCUGGGAGAGGUAGUGUUUUAUACCUAGCUAAUGAGACCAUCAACAUCAGGUGUACCAUGAGAGACAUGAGAAACUUCAAUGUAUGUCCAGCCCCCAGUACUGGAUACAAGACAGAGCUGGAUACUGGCAUUACUAAAGCUGAAUGGUGGCUCAGAGGUAAGGGCCCAGAAAAAGGGCCUUAACCUGCCCGCUGACAGAGAGUGAGGUGGUUGGCGCUAUCAGGGCACUGCCGUCGGGUAGAGCACCCGGACCAGAUGGCCAACCUUUAUUAUAAAAAAUUCUGCACCACUCUAGCUCCCUACCUGGUAGCACUGUUCGCCCACGCUAUCACCACUGAAAAACUACACACUGACAUAUUGGCGGCACAUGUCGUCACUCUGCCAAAACCGGGUAAGCCUCCUACCACACCUCAAAACUUUAGACCCAUUUCGCUUCUCAACACGGACGCAAAACUGUUCGCUAAAAUAUAUGCAACCCGACUAAGCAAAAUUCUGCCACAUAUCCACUCUGACCAAGUGGGUUUAGUAAAGGGCCAUCAAGAGUCCGAGAACACCCGUAAAGUACUGAGUGUGAUGCACAGCCUUAGACAGCCUGGUGUCCCUCUAUGCUGAAUAGGCCUUUGACCAUCUGCAUUGGGGGUUCCUAGAGGCAGUGCUGCUGACGUUUGGCAUCCCCCGCAGAUUCCUGUGUGUGGUAAGGGCCUUGUAUAGCGCACCGACGGCGCAUGUGCUUAAUGCGGGGCUCCUGUCUAACCUCUUCAAAAUAACCAACGGGACAAGGCAUGGCUGCCCGCUGUCCCCACUGUUGUAUGUUCUGGCCCUGGAGCCGCUGGCGCACACAAUCAGAAACCACUCCUCUAUCCACGGCAUACAGAUAGGGGGACGGAAAUACAAGACAAAUUUAUUCGUGGAUGAAAUCAAAACAGAACUCACACAACACCCAAUGCAACCACUCACACUUAUUUCGAGACAGCUUUCUCCGCUCCCAC